AUGGCAAAAUCAAACACAAAACAUAGAAUAUGUUCCAGGGAAUCUUCAAUAUCUUCUCUUCUAGCAAGCUGCAGCCUGAGUGGUAAAGAUUCCUCUAACUCUGAUGGCUCUUUUCAAUACAAAGAUAAACUCUAUAAUUCUGCUUCACAGGCUCUACAAGCCUAUACUGAUGAUUUUGAUCUAAGCCAAAUAUAUCCUGGUGCAAGCACUGGACAAAUUAAUAUUGACAAGGAUUCUACAAAUAUGCCACAGUUCUCCAACUAUAUCUAUAAAACACACAAUGCUUUUGAAAAUUCUAACCACAAAAAGCACUCCAACUCCAUAUCCUCUAGAAGAUAGACUAUGAAUGAUAUAGACUCUAUCAGCCUACAACUGAUGACAACUGAUGAUCUACUAAAACUCCCAGCAGAUGGAUCAUUUUCUUUCACUUAUGUUGGACAUGGUCACCGAAUGAGCAAAAAAAAAAAAACUGAUGAUAGCCCUCAACAAAUUUCAAGGGCCAAGUACCCUAACGGGGUUCUUGAAGACUUUUUAAAUAAUGAUAAUCAGAGUUGUACCCUUUCUGGAGGCAAACAUCAUGGUCCUGUUGAAGCCCUGAAGCAAAUGUUAUUUAAUCUUCAAGCAGUAAAAGAAAGUUUCAAUCAGAGUAAAACCACAGAGCCCAAAAAAGAGAUUAAGCAAGUUUCAGAAGAUGAUUUCUCUAAAUCACAGUUGGAAAAAAGUAUGAUUCCUAUUACUAGGUCACUUCAAAAGACUCUGCACCAUUUAUCUUGUCUGAGAGACCUGGUUGAUGAUAGCUGUGGAAAAUGUGAAGAGGAGAAUUAA